AUGGCAACCCUCAACACUACCCACUGGAAUGAGACUACAUCCAUUUCCCAGUAUCUGGGCUUCCAAGUGCAAAAAAUUUACCCUUUCCACGAUAACUGGAACACUGCCUGCUUUAUUAUUCUGAUCAUAUUCAUCUUUACUGUAGUUUCUCUGGUGGUGUUGGCUUUCCUCUACGAACUGCUAGACUGUUGCUGCUGUGUGAAAAAUAAAACUGUCAAAGACUUGGAGAACGAACCCAAUCCUGUUAGAGCAAUGAUGAACAGCUUCAGAAAGCAUGAAACAGAGGUAGUGUAG